GAGCUGGCAUGGAAUGGGUGGAAAUUGACAUCUUCAAGAAUUUAUUGAAAGCACACGUUUGGGGUGGCAGGGUCCUUUCAUCCAUUUUUCUUUGAAAACCCUAAAGUUGGCUUUGCAGGUCGGUCUGCUGAUGAAGACUUGAGAAAGACUGAAGAGCUGUAAAUAUGAUGGCACUUUGGCACCACCUUAUAUCGAUGUACGGUAAUUGGAGCACAUUGGGCUCUGCUGCUGUUUUCAGUUUUAGAUGCCAUCUAAUGUAGGAUAAAUGUCACAAAUGAGGUGCAAGGCAGGACACAGACCAUCCUGGGACACACAAGGCCAAAUGGUUGGGUUUUGAGGGAAAAUUAAGAUCUGCGUAGUGAAGUAAACAACAGACACGGGUAGAACAUGAAAACCCCAGGUGUGACGGGGAACAGGACAGAUCUGAACCUGGUAACACUGACGCCUGCACCAUUCUUUAAAUCGGGCAUCUGCCCAAUGAAGAAUACAGUAUAAACGGAGCCAUGAAAGCAGUUUGGUGCGAUUCCUGCACUUGGCCAGUGAUGAUGAAGCUGCUCCAUUUGCUUUGGAAGAGGAACUCGGAUGGCACGGUGUGCACAAGAGCAGGGAAGAGAGUGAUGCAGUACUUCUUAAUAAAGCGCAAGGAAUACGAGCUGUGGGCAUUUCCAGGGGGCCUGGUGCAGCCCGGUGAAGCCUUACCCUUGAGGCUGAAGGGGAUCUUGAGUCCAUUUCUCCAGAGGCAGAUCACGAAGAUGCUGAGUGGCGGCAAGGAGGUCUACAAAGGCUACGUGGAUGAUGCCAGAAACACAGACGAGGCCUGGAUUGAGACCACCGCCAUCAACAUUCACUUUGAGGAGGACAGCGAGGUGCUGGCUGAUCUCAAGAAACUUGACAAAAGAGACACUGAAGCGGAAAUCGCCACUGCCUGGCAGGACGCCGACCGAAAGAACUACCUCUAUGCCACCCACAGGGACAUUCUGCAGAAGGUGGCCGAGCAGCACCAGGCGCACUACUGAGCCACAAGGUGAAGCCGCUCCGGCCUCUGCCCUCAUUCUUUGACUUUGGCAAUGAGGCGGUGGCAUAGCAGAAACUGCAUGGACUUCAGUUGGGUUCAAACACAGGGUGAGGCUCUCUUAGGAGAUGCUUGUGACGCCUGGUGAAAGACCAAGUGCUCCCUGUUGCCAAUACCCUCACCCAUGUGCCUACGCUGACAAUCAACAGAUAUGCCCGGCUUCAGUUCUCUACGGCUUUGGUACCUUUUAGUUUAUGUAGACAGAGUCGCCAACGCUCAGUACUGUUGCCCGUGCAAAACCAAAAGCGCCUUUGCUGGCCCCAGUUUGUCUUUUAAAUAUAUUUAUUAAAGCGGUUCUUAAACAGGGGGAUGAGUUCCACCUCAUUACUGCUCGCCAUCAUGAGUGGUUGAGCCAUACUCUGUAAAUGGAGGCUUGUUUUUAGACAUUCAGUGGUCGCAGGAUCCAAAUGGUCAUUUCUGGGGAAUUAGACAAGAGCUGGUAGAGGAGCAGUCCAGCCGACCCCAUGUUGUGAAUGUGUAGACCUCCAGAGAAGGUGAUGUGGCACCACGGUGCCCCCAUUGGCUUCAAAUGUGUGCCACACAUCCUUCUAUCGAGUGGUGCCCCAUUGUGGUCUCAUUAUUUUAAACCAUUCCCUGCAAUCUGUGCAUUAUUAGGUGAUCCUGUGAGGUCUCCUCUGAUGCUAAAUCCAUGGCAGAACGAGUAUUCAGAUGUACGCAUUAUUUAAUGUCUUCUGGAGUGGAGUGGAGCAACAAGCUAAAAUCGGAAUGCCCUCAAAGAAAGAAACUAAGAUAUGAAUAGAGCACUUGACCGUUUUUAAAUGUGAGAUCUUUGUAGACAUGCAGCCCAGGCCCUUGAUGAAGGUGCUAAUGAUAAAUAACAUCAAGUGCAGGCUGAGCCAAAGGGAUGAACUGAAAUGGAGACCACAGGAGUAAAACUGGGCAAGGAAAGCCAGUGGAAGAUGCGGUAGUUGAACCUGCCAGCCUCUACCACGGCGGAAGUGAGAAUAGUGACAAGACACGAGGUGCUCAUCCGACGUCCUUGAGAUCUCUCAAGCAUGCUGGCGUUUCCAAAUGUCCCGCCCAAGCUCUUCUGCAGAAGCACAAACAAACGGGCGAGGAGGGAGAUCAGAAAUGCUGUGGUUAGCCAUGGAGUGCAGCACAUGAGAGAGACAUCAAGCUCGAGUCCGUCCAAAAACUGGAACAAGUGCCGCCCUGCUAUUGGCUCAGAACUGGCAGAAAUGGCUGGCCUUGGGCCGUGGAGAAGUAUUAUCAGAAGUGGUCUUCAUGGAAGAGUUGUGACCAAACAGCUGUUCUUCCAAGCGUCCUGCACCAGCGCUAGUCCAGAAAACUGGGGAAAAAAAAAAAGAGACUAGGACUUGACUGAUGAUAUCGGCUGAUUUUUGGCCUCCGCUAUCGUUAUUGGCACACAUUAUCUGCUUGUUCUCCUGACUGAUACUCACAAUGACAGUAACGAGAACUGAGCAUUAACUCUGUAUGCACUGAACAAUUCGAGGGGCUUCAAAACUAAACUCCACAGGCAUUCCUCCAUCCCCAGGACCUACCACAUGGCACGUCUUUACAGAAGACCCCUCAAAUCGUUUGUUUGCUUCCCGUUCACGAAUGUCCUAUUAAAAUGUUGUAGUCCAAAAUGUGUGUUCCCCUGUUGUCUUCAGAGCUGUCAACAUUUCUGUGCCACAAGGCAAUGACAGAAUCAGGAGAUAAUCAGGUGUCAAAAAUAAUGAAGCCGAGGUCCAAACCGAAAGAUCAAAAACUGUAAACCUAAAGCCAAAGUUGAAAAAGGAAUCGGGUACCACAUGUCAUGAUUAGGGCUGAAAGUUUUAUGUUCUUUUCCUGUUAUGGAAGCCAUUUUUGUGUAUCGUUGUCAGGGUUGCUUCCCGCGUUUCUAGGGGCGUGGUCUCCUGGGUCGUGACCUCAAAUGAAUCCGCAGGCGGGGCCAAAGGUCUGCCUUUGUCAUUGAGCCUUAUGUGAUCUGCGGAACAAACCUUCUCGGAUGUUUUCAGUUUUCUGUGAUUUUAUUUUUCAUGUCUUGCCUGGUUUGUCGACUUCUUGCCUGACUAUCGACUCUCACCCCGGUUUUGGUCGCUUCAUUUUAUUUGUUUGUUUUUGCUUUUUGCACACAUCUUCCAGUUUAACUUAAACAAGUUAUCCCUUUUCCUGCUGACUCAGGACACUAAAGAGUAGAAAACUGCAAAGAAAGUUUUUCUUUUGAGAAAUCCACAACCUCGGACAAGGAAGUGACCCCAGGGAGUGACUUUGUAGCAGGGCUACAUGCAAUGUCAGCUCUGUUUGUUCAAUGCUUAUAAGUGUUGUGCUUGGCCGACUUUUUCCUGAUAUAAAAUUUAAAAUAAAAACACACCUGAAGAUGUUGUUCUCUGCAUCUGCUUGGACCUCUCAGAUCACAGCCCCUGACCAUUUUCUCGAGGUGGAGAUUUACGGUUGUUUCCAGGUUCCAUAUACGAAAAGUGAAGGCCGUGAAUUUCAUGAAGGAGUAAAGGAAACCUAAAAAGAGAGAUCUGUCAUAACAAACGCUGUGUCACUGAAUGGAAAGUCGGAUCGUCGCCUCUCAUCCCGUCGCACGUUUUGGACUUUUCCUUUCUCCACUCCCCAUGGCUGCUGGACCGGUGAGACUGUUUUGGUUCGUUUUUUUUGGACUGUGUCCCUGCUGUCACUUCAUCUGCCACUUGUGUUGGCUUCCAUCCAUUUCCCAGUCUGUGCAGUUGCCGUGUGUUCAUGUCGGACUUUGUGCAGGUAUAGGAUGAGCGUUUUGUUUCAUGGUUAAGACGAGGGAGGUUGAGUCCGUUUCAUGUUCUUUUUUUGUUUCCCCUCUCACUGUAAAUAUUUGUAUCUGCACUGGGAUCAGGGAUUUCGGUGUGUGUGUGUGUGUGUGAGAUGUUUCAUCCUCUUUGACUAAUUUAAUUGUUUUUGUCCAUUAACUUGGGAGCUUGAAUGGACAGCAGAUAAGAAACUGAAGGCUAGUACGGUUUGGAGUGGCCGAGUUUGGACUUUGAGUGUGUAACGACACCAUCCAAGUGUGAGUGCGGACCCUGUGAGCCUUACAGUCGCCUUGUUCAUGACCUCCCGACGUUGCCAUUAACACCUGCUAAACAAAAUCCACUUAACAUGGCAUCUCCUUUCAGGAUGCCAUUUUGUUUUUCAUGAGAAUGCAAAUAAAUAAACUUUAAAAGAACUGCAAAAAACAAACUAUAUAGCUGGUCAAAGCUCACAAAUGUAUGAGGAGAUGAAACAUGAAAAAUCGCCACCAGUGCUGACAGAAAUGGCCACAGCACAGCCUGCUCGGAGCGCCCCAGAGCUGGAGGUGUUCACUCAAUAACUAAGAUCGCCGUUGUUUCAAACGCCAGACGUACGUUCAGUAAGAGAGAGCAGAAGUUGACCUGGCAAACAGUUGCAGCUGUGGCUCUGAUUACCGCAGCUGGAGAUGUCGACGCCACGUUCAGGUCGUUGUUCGGUCUGAUUUUUUAAUUUUUUUUGUCCUAAAUCCCUGAGCCGUUUGCUUCCCAAAGAGCAGAGGUUUGUGUUUCAAAGGCGUGUAGACUCGUCUCCGUAAGUUCUGGUGACUGCUUGCUUGGACGCUUUGUUGUUUGAACAUGAACACAUUGGGGUUGAGUUGGACUUGCAUUUAUUGACAAAGUGCCCGACCCUAAGGUGAUAUCCAAUGAGACCAUCGGCCAAAUAAAUAACUGAAUGAAUUCAUUGUUAAGUGAUAUUGGAGUUAAUUCAAUAGACCAGCGGUUCCCAAACUGUGCGGCCGGGCGCCACGACUGGCCUACAGGGGUUCUGCAAAAUAUUCCAGUAUUGGACAUAACAACCAAUAACAAAUCCAAAAAUAAUUAAAAAUAUAUAGAAAUAAUAAUAAUCGCGCACUACCCGACCCCUUUUCUAAGUGAAGUGUUUCUCCAGUGCUAGGAAUAACUGAUGUGCCACUGACAGGACCAACCGCUAUUGUUCUGAGAACAGACCUGAAUGAAUGAUUUUUUGUGAUGUAUGUUUGUUUGAAUCUUUUCCAAUAAAAGAUUAUUGCUGGUUCUUAACAAUUAUAUUAAUUUAAGUGUACAAAGAAUAUAAAUGACUUUGAAUUGAAUAAAUUACAAUGUACGACAACCUCAAUUUGAAACGGUCAAUCGUCACAGUCCACUAAAUCGGAAAAAUUGGCCUUGUUUUCAACCAUAUGGUGCACCUCUGAGAGGAACUGAUUAAAAACUAUUGCAAAUAUUUGAGUUAAAUUUUUUUAUAACUAAUCGUGCCAAUCCACCAACUGUGUAUAGAACUAUAAACUACACCAGGGUUUAACUUGGGGCGCCAUGGAAAACUCUGGAAACAUUAAGUGGGUUGUGAACAGAAAAAGUCUGGGAAAAGCUGGAAUAGACGGACGGUUCCAGAGAAACUUGACUCGGGGCUGUAAUGAAAAGUCAUUUUAUUUUCGAGAGCUGCACACA